AUGAUCAAGUCUCACCAAUUGUCGCGCUCUCCUUUCAAUACCACUCUCAUUCAACAAGCCAUUCGUUUGCUGUAUGAUCAUCAUCAUCAUCAUCAUGGAAGCAGCAAUCCAUCGGGAAAAAGUGCCAGCUUGAUCGUCUCGGGAGUGGGAAGCACUUCAUUGGCUUGGCUCUUUAGCGUUUCGGGAGCAAGUUCUUACAUGAUGGAUGCUCAUAUUCCGUAUGGAAUGUCUGCAGUGAAUGAAUUAUUGUUUGAUCAUCCUGUUUUGGAUUGUGUUUCUCGUACGAGAAAUCUUCAUGAAGAGAAUGAAACAUCACAAGAAUUGAAAUAUGUGAGUGAGGAGGUUGCUGUUCGGAUGAGUAACAAGGCUUUUGCCAAGAGUGCUCAUAUUUCCUUCUUUUCCCGAUAUCAAGAGAUUUGUAAGAACAAUGUUGAAAGGCCAACAAGCAACAUGGUGCUUCAAAAUUAUGCCAAUUGUUUGAUGAAUUCUAUUGGACUGGGGUGCACAGGAGCAAUCCGAACUUUACAACCAAAGAAAGGAAAGCAUCAUGCGUUUGUUGCAAUGAAAUGUUCUGAAAAUGGAAAGUUUGUUCACAAAACGUACAGUAUUGAGUUGGAGAAAAAUACGCGUGAAAGAGAAGAUGAGGAAAAUCUAAUUUCGUUGUUAAUUAUUCGAACAUUAUUGGAUAAUUCCCUUCCUGAUUCGAUGAAAAGGGAAGAAAAUGCUAAAACUAUCCUCACCGAAUUAGAUCAAUAUUUUAACAAUCUAUUGUUGGAAAAUGAAACAAUUAACCACAAAGAAUGGUCAGAAGAGGUUUGGAAUUUUGAUAACGACAGCUCAUUAAUUGGCCUUUAUUCUUAUUCAAGAAAUGUCAAUAACGAGGAGACUAUUUACGAGCUGGGUCGUGAAGAAUCUAAUUUAUUUUUAAAGGAAAAGUAUUUGAAUUUUAUACUAUUUCCUGGAAGUUUUAAUCCUCUUCAUCAUGGGCACGUUCAACUAAUGGAAAGAGCAAAGGAGGUUGCCCUCAGUCAUUUAUCAGAUUUUGAAAAGAGUAUUGGAUUAGAAGCUUUUUAUGAAAUAUCUGUUCAAAAUGUUGAUAAGAAAGGAAUUGAUAUUAGCAUUCUGAGAGAACGAUUAGAAGGCAUGAAGAUUGUGUCUGAUCGUUUCUCCUGUCUCAUUACCAAAGCUCCUCUGUUCGCUCAAAAAGCAAAACUAUUCAACAAGGAUUCCAAAAUUUUUAUAGUGAUUGGCUCUGAUACAGCGAUAAGAAUUGUGGACACUAAAUAUUAUAACAACAGCGAGGAAGAGAUGAUCAAGGCAUUAAUGGUUUUCAAACAGCAUAAUUGUAUUUUUUUGGUGGGAGGAAGAUUGGAUCAAAAAGACAAGACUUCAAACAAGUUUGUCACAAUGCGUGACAUUAAGGUUCCCAACGGAUUUGAAGAAAUUUUUGUUGAAAUUCCUGAUUUCAGAGUUGAUGUCAGUUCUACUGAGCUCAGGAACAAAAAGUAA